CAUAUAGUACAAAUAAAAGGCUGAAACAGUAUAUAUUUAGUUUAUUAGGCAGACUGGGGCGGAAGCUUCACAAUGACUAAGUUAGUCUGGUUGUUGUUCGGGCUGGUGGUAGUCACACAGGCUUUAAGUGUGAAAAGAGAAAUUAAAGAUAAGAAGCUCGAAGCUAGCAAGAAAUUGAAAUGGCCUAGUCAAUACCAGAUAAAAGCGACUCGUUUGUCGCUUACUGACGAUGUCAUUGAAAACUAUGCCGUAUGGAGAACUUCAAAGCAAUCCAGGAUUGAUUACAACGAUGGAAACGUGAAAUCUUUUGUGACAUCCAAGAACAAACAGUUCCGUUAUGGUGUGCAGUAUGAGAUUCAUCCUGAAGCUUCAAGGGACCAAGAAGUGGAAGUGGUGUGCAAUGCUAUGGAAGGCAACAGAUACCACAGGGCAGAACUCUCAACCAUUCUGCCUGAUACUGAUGAGUUUGAGUAUGAUGAUGAAGAGGUGAUGAAUGACAAAGACUGCGUCAAAUUCGUUAAUAACGUGAAGGAUGAACAGUCUGACUCAGAGCAGACCCUCUGGGCCACUUACAACGAAGAUGACAAAGCUUGGGUUCCUGUCAGAUACGAAGUUUUGGAAUUCAACUCCUGGUUGGGAUCAAAGGACAAGCACGAAAUCUGGGAUUUCUAUGAUUACGAGAAAGCUUUCUCCUUCCGCAGCGUUUUCGACGUUGAAGACUACGGUUGUAGUGACGCCGUUACUCAUACCAGAGAUAGUGAAAAUGUGACUAAACAUUUAUUGUUCAUGGAUGCUGAGAACGACAAACAUGUCGAUCAUGUCUUCAAAUCAUUCCAAAAGACCCACAACAGGAAAUACUCUGAUGCUAACGAGUGCGCCAUGAGAAGGAGUCUUGUCAAGAGGUCCAUGAGGCAAGUCCUUGAGAACAAUCGUCAAAAGAAAGGCUACAAACUCGCCAUCAACCAAUUCGCUGACAAAACACCCGAAGAAAUGAAAAGGUACAUGGGUCUGCUCAGGCGCCCUGAAGGAAAAGUCGGAACAAUCGCUUUCCCUUACGAUGAAGCUAAACUGAAUGAAAUCUCCAGUGACAUACCUGAAGAAUAUGACGCUAGGCUUGAGGGUCUUGUGUCGAACAUCAAAAAUCAGGAAGACUGUGGUUCUUGCUGGACCUUCGGAACCACAGCUGCGGUAGAAGGCGCCUUGGCGCGUAUCAAUGGUGGAAAACUGAUGGCUUUGAGCAACCAGGCUCUCGUUGACUGCGCUUGGGCUUACGGCGCCUACGGUUGUGAAGGUGGUACUGACAACGCGGCCUACGAAUGGAUGAUGGAGUACGGACUGCCAACUGUAGCUGAAUACGGACAAUAUACUAACAAGGAUGGCGAGUGCAAUAUCCUGAACAUGACAAAGACUUUCCCCAUCCGUGGCUUCGUGGAUGUCACCCCACUGAGCGUUGGAGCUUUGAAGGUUGCUCUAGUGAACCAUGGACCUCUGUCGGUAUCUGUCCACGUCACCGAAGCUUUCGCAAAAUACUCUUCUGGAGUUUUCUACGACACUGAAUGCUACCAACUUCAUCUGAACCAUGAAGUGACCCUGGUAGGUUACGGUCAACGUGAUGGAGACACCUUCUGGAUCCUCAAGAACUCCUGGGGACCCCACUGGGGUAUUGGCGGCUACAUGUACAUCUCUUCCAGGGACAACAUCUGUGGUGUCUCUACGGAACCCACCUACGUUGUCUUCUAAGACUUUAGAACUAUAUCGAUGAUUCAAUUGACUGACUUAAUUUUAAUGGCGACUAAAGUACACUGAUCGAUUUGACUUUUUAUGUUAGCAAUUAUUUUUAAAAGCACGUGGAAUAUUUAUUUAGUUUUGUAAGCAAUAAAUUCAUUGAAUUA